AUGUCGGGGCAGAGCAUUACUGACAGGAUAACUGCAGCCCAACACAGUGUAACUGGAUCUGCUGUGUCGAAAACCGUAUGCAAGGCCACCACACAUGAAAUAAUGGGUCCGAAAAAGAAACAUUUGGAUUGUAAGUAUCGAAAUUAUCGAGAGUUUCUGAUAUAAUGUGUCAUUCUUCAUUGAAACCAGUCGGAGCUCUGCAUCUCGUUAUGGCGAUGGUGACACAAGGCCCAAAGCCUGAAUGGAUAGGCUAAUGUUAUUGCUAGCUCCUGUCAAAAUGUAUGAAGAAUACAUUGCAGCAAGACGAGCGCGUACAAUGAGAACGCUCAUAACAUGAUUUAACUGGACGUUAACAACAGUAAUAUCAGAUAUUUUCUGACCAUUUCAGUGUAGGCCUACUCAUCAUCAACAUUACUGUCACAUUAGCUAGCUUUCUAGCCGUCUGUUAAGCGGUUUCAUUCAUUCUGCAUAGCUUUAGGCUGCCCUCCCUGGCCUAAACAGUUAUCAUGUCAAUAUCAGUCAUAGUGUAUCUUACAAUUUAUUGACCAGUUCUCCAUGAUACAGUACAUUAACGUUUUGUCUAUACAAAAAUGCCCUGAAAAAUAUAUGUUCCGGGGAGUAAAUUCAGUAGGCCUAUUUUGAUCUAUUUACCAUAGACAGAGGGUAUAACAACCACAUUUGAACAACUCAGCUGUGGAAACUACCUUAUAAAUUUUUCAGAGUAGAAUGCUUUCAGUCUCAUAUGCAAAGUGUAGCCUACAUCAUCAUCACUACUAGGUGUGUCACUGCUGGGGGCGACACAUGUACAGUGCCUUUUGAAAGUAUUCAUACCCCUUGACUUAUUCCACAUUUUGUUGUGUGACAGCCUGAAUUCAAAAUUGAUUAAAUAUAUUUUUUUCUCACCUAUCUACACAUAAUACCCCAUAAUGAUGACAUUUUGCAAAUUUAUUGAAAAUGAAAUACAUAAAUAUCUCAUUUACAUAACUAUUCACAACUCUGAGUCAAUACAUGUUAGAAUCACCUUUGGCAGCGAUUACAGCUGUGAGUCUAUCUGGGUAAGUCUCUAAGAGCUUUGCACACCAGGAUUGUACAAUACUUGCACAUUAUUAUUAAAACAAUUCUUCAAGCUCUGUCAAGUUAGUUGUUGAUCAUUGCUAGACAGACAUUUUCAUGUCUUGCUAUAGAUUUUAAAGCAGAUUUAAGUCGAAACUGUAACUAAGCCAGUCAGGAACAUUCAAUGUCGUCUUGGUAAGCAUCACCAGUGUAUAUUUGGCCUGUGUUUUAGGUUAUUGGCCUGCUGAAAGGUUAAUGUUUCUCUCCCAGUGUCUGUUGGAAACCAGACUGAACCAGGUUUUCCUAUAGGAUUUUGUCUGUGCUUAAAAAAAAAAAAACCCUAGUCCUUGCCGAUGGAAAGCAUACCCAUAACAUGGUGGAGCCACCACCAUGCUUGAAAAUAUGAAGAGUGGUACUCAGUGAUGUUGUUGGAUUUGCCCCAAACAUAAUCUUUGUAUUCAGGACAUCAAGUACAUUUAUUUGCCACAUUGUUUUACUUUAGCACAGGGGUGUCAAACUCAUUCCAUGGAGGGCCAAGUGUCUGGUUUUUGUUAUUUCCUUUCAAUUACGACAUAGACAACCAGGUGAGGGGAGUUCCUUACUAAUCAGUGACCUUAAUUCAUCAAUUAAGUUUGGGGAAACCCUGCAUUAAACUCUGUAACUGUUUUAAAGUCACGAUUGGCCUCAUGGUGAAAUCCCUGAGCGGUUUCCUUACUGUCCGGCAACUGAGUUAGGAAGGACGCCAGUAUUUUUGUAGUGACUGGGUGUAUUGAUACACCCUCCAAAGUGUAAUUAAUAACUUCACCAUGCUCAAAGGGAUAUUCAAUGUCUUUUUUUGUUUUACCCAUCUACCAAUAGGUGCCCUUCUUUGCGAGGCCUUGGAAAACCUCCCUGGUCUUUGUGGUUGAAUCUGUUUGAAAUUCACUGUUCGACUGAGGGACCUUACAGAAAAUUCUGUGUGUGGGGUACAGAGAUGAGGUAGUCAUUCAAAAAUCAUGUUAAACACUAUUAUUGCACACAGAGUGAGUCCAUGCAAUUUAUUAUGUGACUUGUUAAGCACAUUUUCACUCCUGAACUUAUUUAGGCUUGCGAUAACAAAGGGGUUGAAUACGUAUUGACUCGACAUAUCAGCUUUUCAUUUUUAAUUAAUUUGUAAACAUUUCUAAAAACUCUAAAAUUACAUUAUGGGGUAUUAUGUGUAGGCCAGUGACACACAAUCUCAAUUUAAUCCAUUUUAAAUCUGUCUAACACAACAAAAUGUAGGAAAAGUCAAGGUGUGUGAAUACUUUCUGAAGGCACUAUAUGUCACUUCCAACUAUUGUAUGGUCUGUCUCACUCACCUGGUCUCUAGUUACAAAAGUGUAGCAAUUGCUCACAGAAAUAGGAAAGAGAAAUAGUAUGUGUCAGGAUGCCCUUUCAUUGCAAUAUUUGCUCAGUCAGAAAAUCAGAAGUCGAGAAGCCAACUAUAGGCUAGCUAAAGCUGUGUUUGCACUUGGUCUGUGAAUGGCUUGGCUGUCUGUGUAGCAGAGCUGCCUGGUUGCUUUCCAGUGGAGUAAGAGGUCUUUGUUACAGAGAGCUCUAUUUCUAGCAGUCAGGGCCAGGCACAAGGAGUUUCCUCUGGACUCCAGUAGUCUGAUUAAUCAGGCUGUAAUACACAAUUAAUUGGUAUAUACUUUGGCUCAAAUUUCGAGUAGCUGAAAGAAAAACCACACAGACAACCGGUAGAGUAAGUUUAAAUGUAAUUUUAUUCAACAUUCUGGCUUGUAAGGAACAUUUACACAAUUUUGCAGGCAUUAGUUUCAGGCUGUAUAUACCAAUUAAUUGUGUAUUACAGCCUGAUUAAUCAGACCACGCGUCCAGCAGACUGCUAUAUAUAUAUAUAUAUAUAUAUAUAUAUAUAUAUAUAAACCUUGAUGGCAGCAUCAGACCUUUUAAUCUGUGACCAUCCUGAGAAACGAUACUAGUCACAAAGCAGAGUACCUGACGCUGCAAAAGUAACAGUGAAUGCAACGAAUGACCUGUCCAUUAAUUUACUCUCACUAUAAUAAAUUUAACUAUAUACUGAACAAAAAUAUGAACGCAACAAUUUCAAUGAUUUUACUGAGUUACAGUUCAUUUAAGGAAAUCAGUCAAUUGAAAUAAAUAAAUUGGGCCCAAAUCUAUGGAUUUCACAUGACUGGGCAGGGGCGCAACCAUGGGUGGGCCUGGGAGGGCAUAGGCCCACCCACUCGGGAGUCAGGCCCACACACUGGGGAGCGAGGCCCAGCCAAUCAGAAUGAGUUUUUCCUCACAAAAAGGCUUUAUUACAGACAGAAAUACUCCUCAGUUUCAUCAGCUGUCUGGGUGGCUGGUCUCAGACGAUCCCGCAGGUGAAGAAGCCGGAUGUGGAGGUCCUGGGCUGGCGUGGUUACAAGUAGUUGUGAGGCCGGUUGGACGUACUGCCAAAUUCUCUAAAACGACGUUGGAGUUGUGUUACAAAACUGCACAUUUUAGUGGCCUUUUAUUGUCCACAAGGUGCACCUGUGUAAUGAUCAUGCUGUUUAAUCAGCUUCUUGAUAUGCCACACCUGUCAGGUGGAUGGAUUAUCUUGGCAAUGGAGAAAUGCUCACUAACAGGGAUGUAAACAAAUUUGUGCACAGAAUUUGAGCGAAAUAAGCUUUUUGUGCAUAUGGGAUCUUUUAUUUCAGCUCAUGAAACAUGGGACCAACACUUUACAUGUUGUGUUUAUAUUUUUGUUCAGUAUAUGUGAUUCAAUCUCAAGCAUGUUGUAUCUCUUCUGCAAGCAGGUUAUGCAUAAUAGGUUACCAUUCAAAUGUCAUUGUCAUCAUGAUUAUAGGAGCAUAUUGCAUGACACACAGGUACAAUGACGUGGAGGUUGCUGGUUCAGACCCCAGCUGAAGCAUGUAGUAGGAUAGCUACAUAUUGUAUUGCUUUUCCUAAAUUCUUUUUGCAGACAUUGCCCUUUGGAUCUACUGGAAACCAAGGUGGUCACUUAAUCUGAAAGUGUCCACUUCUAAUCACAUUUGAAUCCCAUGGACUAUUAUCUAUGCUAAAGUUGUGAAUGGAUUCAGCCAGCCUGUUGUUUCACAGCUGUUAGUUGAGUUUAGGCCUACAGUACUCUGAGGUACAGGAGCCAUGCAUGAUCUAACAGGAUGAGUGAAAGUUGCCCCCUCCCCUCCCCUCCCCCUCCUCUCCCAGUCUUCCCUGGAUAAUCAGCCAGCCAUGCUAAAUGCUGCUCUGGAAGGUUAUGCUGUCCUACUUAGACUCCUGAAAACAUGAAAAUAUAGGCCAGAAAGCCAGGCCUGGUUAUUACACUGUCAAUCUGUUCAUCACUCAGUCAGACUCUGAAUGGGUAGACAGCACAGGUUUGACUGGCAUCACCCAUUCUCUACAUCAGGGCUCUCCAACCCUGUUCCUGGAGAGCUACCGUCCUGUAGGUUUUCAGCAACCUCCACGUCUAAUUUAGCGCAAUUGAUUCUAAUAAUUAGCUGGUUGAUCGAUUUUAAUUCAGGUGUGCAAUAUUAGGGUUGGCGUGAUACAUGAGCACAUUCAGUAAUAUGACGUAAUGAGUUACUGUAUGCAGAGGAAUUACACUGAAAUGGUUGAACAUUUUCUAUAUGUGUAUUAUUGGAAGCAACAGAGACCAAUAAGUCCAAUCAAGCAUUCUUGACGUAGUAGUUUUCAAUUGUCAUGUCUGUGUGCCCAAGAAAAGACCCAGGCCUCAAAUAGCAAACUUACACAGACGGUUGAGAAUUCAUUUUUUUCUUUAAAAAUAGUAUGUUGUGAAGAGAAGACAACCUUGAAAGGAAUUUGAGUAUAAUCUAGUAGCUGACUUGUACUGGUUCAUGGGGCUCAUCAGAGUAGAGCUUUAGGCCAACUGAGGCUAUAGACGAGUGGAGAGAACUGGUGGCGGAAGGAGCAACUAGUAGUUACCAAGAUAUUUGGCCAAAAAUACAUUGUUUGAUUUAGAGAUGGUGACUUAUUCAUCAGGCUUUCAUCUAUUGAACUUCAGUAGACCCUCUUGAGGAAUUGCCAUGCCAAAAAACUGAAAAGAGAGAGGCAGCUUGUAGUACCGUAGCAUAGUAAUUAAGUGUCUUGAGUGUAGUUAGGCAAUUAGCCAGACCAUUAAUUAAAGCUAAUUGAAUGAGAUUGCAGUUAAGGGGAGUGCCUGUGUCCCUGUUUACACAUAUUUCAAAACAUUGUCUUUCAUAGACUAUUAACUGACUUGACCCCAAAAUUCAACUCCCCAUAGGGGAAAUGCCUUGUAUCCGAAGUUGUUUUAACCUCUACUGGCCAGUGGCCAUAAGUCACUACUUGACAUCAAUUAUCCAUGGUCUUCGUAGACAUCGAACUAUCGCUAACAUGUCUCUCUGUCUGUCUCGUCCAUAGACCUGAUCCAUUGCACCAAUGAGAUGAACGUGAACAUUCCCCAGCUGGCUGACUCACUGUUUGAGAGGACCACCAGCACGAGCUGGGUGGUGGUCUUCAAGUCGCUCAUCGCCACACACCACCUCAUGGUCUACGGCAAUGAGGUGAGCUGAGCUUACAGUCACCACUCACUACAAUACUGUCUAUGGCUACAAUCACCACUCAUUACAUUAUUGUCUGUAAUAUAUAUUAUUUCUAUAACAGCAAUGCUAUAGUGUUGAAGUUUUCAGUUCACAGACAUUAAGGCAAUCAAUUGCUAACCAGGCAAUUUCUAGGUUUAUAUCAUAAUCAAUAUUUUAAUAAAAAUCUGGAAAUUACUCUGGUGCUCCGGUCCUAUUCUAUUUCUGUAGAUCAAUGAAAAUUAAGAACAUGUAUUGAUACCGCUCUUUUUCUUUGAUACAGCGUUUUGUCCAGUACUUGGCUUCAAGGAACACAUUAUUCAACCUCAGUAAUUUUUUGGACAAAAGUGGUUUACAAGGUAAAGUAUGAGGCCUUGGCUCUCAACUGCUGUUUUCAAACUCAUCCUUAACUGUUACAGUGACAAAUACUUAUAAGCAGAUACAAUAUAACUUUGAACGAAUAUAGCAUGAUUCUCAUGUAGGUUUUCAUGACAAAUGUAAGAUUUAUAUCACUUCUCAGGUCUCUCUCUCCCAGGCUACGAUAUGUCCACAUUUAUCCGGAGGUACAGUCGAUAUCUGAAUGAGAAGGCUGUGUCGUACAGGCAGGUUGCCUUUGACUUCACUAAAGUAAAGCGAGGGUAAGAAAUUCCCAACAAAUCAACAGAAGAAAGUGGUAUGUUUGUUUUUGACUGAUCCUCUCCUUACCCGAAUGUAUGUCAAUGGAGUUUUAAAGGCUCAAACAAUUUCUUACAAUAAACACUUUCUCCUUGCAGAGCUGCCCACUGGUGUAAAAAAAUACUUAAAAUAUUUAUGACAGCUCAAAUAUUUAGUUUAGAAGAGAACAAGAUUCCUGUCAGUUUUAAUGACAGAAUGUCAUAAUUUCUUUCCGUAAAUUUGUUUUAUAUCCCAUGAAGUAAUCACAGUGGUAUUUCUGUAACUCUGGGAACGAUUUGUUAACAUGCAGUAGAAAUUGACUGGCUGCGGCUAUUCUCACUGAUUCCCUCCCUCUCUGUCCUUUGUGCUUCUAACACCUAUCUAACACUACACACUCAUCUCAACAGGGUGGAUGGGGUGAUGAGGACCAUGAAUACAGAGAAGCUACUGAAGACCAUCCCUAUCAUACAAAACCAGAUGGACGCCCUCCUCGACUUCAAUGUGAGUCUGAGGUCAACCUCCCCAGAACCGUGCUGCUCAUCUCCUGGAAUAUGUACUGUAAUAUGAGAGGGUUCCUGGGGCUAGCAGAUUGUGUCAGCAUACUGAUUACUGAAUGGUGCUGAAACCAGAGAUAGAUACAGGCUAUUUUCCUCCUCACUGACCUGCUCUUUUAUUGUUUGUCAGCGAAGCCAAAGUCAUUAUUGUGUAUUAAAAGGGCAACUUAUGGCUUAUGUGAAACUGAAUGAUGUCUCCUUCAGGUUAAUGCCAAUGAGCUCACAAACGGAGUGAUCAAUGCAGGAUUCAUGCUCCUCUUCAAAGAUUCCAUUAGGCUUUUCGCUGCAUAUAACGAAGGCAUCAUCAACCUCCUGGGUAAACCUCAACUCCAACUUUAUUUACUCCACUAUUUUCUGAUCAAUACUCUUUUAGAAUGUUUAGUCUGGAGAAGUGCUUUGUAGAUCCUUGUAAUGUAGAUCUUUUGAUAUGUACAGUACUACAUUUUACUAAUGGGACUAGAUUCUCUACAGAGUUUAUCUCUAGUGUGUCUACAGACUUUCAGAGCUAAUGCCUGCCGUUUUUUUGUUUUUUAACCACAGAGAAGUACUUUGACAUGAAGAAAACCCAGUGUAAAGAGGGCCUGGAUAUCUACAAAAAGUUCCUGACCCGAAUGACCCGAAUCUCAGAGUUCCUUAAAGUGGCGGAGGUGAUUUCUUCUUUACCUUCUUUGAGUUUGAUGCUAUUCAUUAAUUCAAUACCAUUCAUUAAAGGGAACAUCCUCAGAUAUAUUUACAUUUUUGUGAGAAAAUUGUGGUGGCAGAAAUUAGGUAGAGGUAGAAAAUAGGUUUUAAUUUAGAGGCACCACUAUAACUUUGCACAUAUUCUCGUUUGACAGCAGGUGGGGAUUGAUCGAGGAGACAUUCCAGACCUUUCCCAGGUGAGACUUUACACUCCAAACUCCCUGAAUGAGCCUUGCAGUAAGAGGGAUUUACUGGUAUAACCUAUUAGACACACUCUCUGCACAAAAAGCCUACACACCGAACUUACUCUAUCCGUUUGUCUCUACAGUUGGAUUCCUUCUCUGUCUCCAUCUCUCUCUCCCUCUCUCUCUCGCUCUCACUUUCUCCCUUAUUUCUCGCUGUCACUUUCUAUUUUCUUCUUCUCUCAGUCUGUAUUCUCUUUGUGUCUCUCUAUCUCAUUAUUAACUCCUCUUGUUUAAUCAGCUCUGUUGCCCCACCACACUAUAUUUACUCCACCCUGCACAAAUGUCUCCCAGAGAUAAGGCACUGCUCAGAGCAUGAAAGUCCUCCAGUGCAUGUUACCAAAUUAAGGCAUAUUUCUCACUUUUCCUUAUUAUUUUUCUUAUUAUAAGUUUUCUUCCUCUUCUUGAUUAGGCUCUAUCUACAGUAAAUAAAGGUGUUAAGCUGUUAAGAGUCCAAACUGACUGUGUAUCUUACAGUACUUCUGAUUUCACACUGUGUACAGCUAAUUGAAUAGAUGGCCCCCCACACCUGUUACGCUACAGUCAGUCUUUGCAGUGACACUGGUUAUAUUACAGUAUUUCCAAGGAAAAUCCCUCCUCGACCAAGGAUCAUACUUUUCCUUGAAAGUACAAUUGCACUAAUUGUGUGUUAUGUCCCCUAAUGUAUUUUUUAUGAGGCACCUGUAACAGUGUUAUACCCUUAAAAUACAUUAUAGUUACGGUUCAAUAUAGCUAUUUAUCUCUGACCAACGCCACCUUUAUAUUCUGUAUUUCCCCUUAUCUUUCCACCUUUAGUUCACAGUUUGUGUAAGUAUUCUCAUCUCACUCUUCUUCUGUGUCUGUGACUUGCUUUGGUGUUGUCUUUGCAUGCCUCUACUCUGACUCUGUGUGUCAUUGACAUUGUGUUUUUAUAGGAGUGAAGCAAAUUGUAUACAAAGUUCUCUUUGUCACCUGAAAUGUACAUAGCCCAUCCAACAUGGCUGCCUAGGUGUGCUUAGGCAUUGCCAAUUCAACACCACAUACCGUAUGAUGUUGAAAGUGCCGUGGUGUGUGUCAUCCACACACACUACCGUUCAAAAGUUUGGGGUCACUUAGAAAUGUCCUUGUUUUCCAUGAAAACAUACAUGAAAUGAGUUUGAAUGGGAAAUAUAGCAAAAUGCAUAGGAAAUGUAGUCAUUGACAAGGUUAGAAAUAAUGACUUUUAAUAUAAAUAAUAGUUGUGUCCUUCAAACUUUGCUUUCGUCAAAGAAUCCUCCAUUUGCAGCAAUUACAGCCUUGUAGACCUUUGGCAUUCUAGUUGUCAAUUUGUUGAGGUAAUCUGAAGAGAUUUCACCCCAUGCUUCCUGAAGCACCUCCCACAAGUUGGAUUGGCUUGAUGGGCACUUCUUACGUACCAUACUGUUAAGCUGCUCCCACAACAGCUCAAUAGGGUUGAGAUCCGGUGACUGUGCUGGCCACUCCAUUAUAGACAGAAUACCAGCUGACUCCUUCUUCCCUAAAUAGUUAUUGCAUAGUUUGGAGCUGUGCUUUGGGUCAUUGUCCUGUUGUAGGAGGAAAUUGGCUCCAAUCAAGCACCGUCCACAGGGUAUGGCAUGGCGUUGCAAAAUGGAGUGAUAGCCUUCCUUCUUCAAGAUCCCUUUUACCCUGUACAAAUCUCCCACUUUACCACCACCAAAGCACCCCCAGACCAUCACAUUGCCUCCACCAUGCUUGACAGAUGGCAUCAAGCACUCCUCCAGCAUCUUUUCAUUUGGUCUGCGUCUCACAAAUGUUCUUCUUUGUGAUCCGAACACCUCAAACUUAAAUUUGUCUGUCCUUAACACUUUUGCCCAUCUUAAUCUUUUAUUUUUCUUGGCCAGUCUGAGAUAUGGCUUUUUCUUUGCAACUCUUCCUAGAAGGUCAGCAUCCCGGAGUCGCCUUUUCACUGUUGAUGUUGAGACUGGUGUUUUGCGGGUACUAUUUAAUGAAGCUGCCAGUUGAGGACCUGUGAGGCGUCUGUUUCUCAAACUAGACACUCUAAUGUAUUUGUCCUCUUGCUCAGUUGUGCACCGGGGCCUCCCACUCCUCUUUCUAUUCUGGUUAGAGCCAGUUUGCGCUGUUCUGUGAAGGGAGUAGUACACAGCGUUGUACGAGAUCUUCAGUUUCUUGGCAAUUUCUCGCAUGGAAUAGCCUUCAUUUCUCAGAACAAGAAUAGACUGACAAGUUUCAGAAGAAAGUUAUUUGUUUCUGGCCAUUUUGAGCCUGUAAUCGAACCUACAAUUGCUGAUGCUCCAGAUACUCAACUAGUCUCAAGAAGGCCAGUUUUAUUGCUUAUUUAAUCAGCACAACAGUUUUCAGCUGUACUAACAUAAUUGCAAAAUGGUUUUCUAAUGAUCAAUUAGCCUUUUAAAAUGAUAAACUUGGAUUAGCAAACACAACAUGCCAUUGGAACACAGGACUGAUGGUUGCUGAUAAUGGGCCUCUGUACGCCUAUGUAGAUAUUUCAUAAGAAAUCAGCCGUUUCCAGCUACAAUAGCCAAUUACAACAUUAACAAUGUUUUUCUGAUCAAGGACAUUUCUAAGUGACCCCAAACUUUUGAACGGUAGUGUACAUUUCAAUAUCACUCAUCCAAUGUGGCUUUUAGCUGAAAAGCAUACAACCAUUGACUGGUGGUGUGCAACCCACAGUCCUUUUGUGUUUUUGACUUGUACAGCAAUGUAUUUCUGUAGUGUCUCGAGUUAGUAUUUGUCCCUGUAGUGAGGAGCUAAACACUUCCCAGUAAAGUAAGUGCUAGUUAGAAUCCAGCAACUAAGGUAUAGUGGUAUAUGGGACAGUAUAGUUAGGGACCUGAGUUUUUCCUCACCACGUAACAUGACCAGCUAAACGUUUUCAGAAAAGUUGUCAGGAAAAACCCAAGGCCUAUAGCUAGUGUAUGUACAGUACAGUAGUUGAACUAGGUUGCCCACCACUGGCUUUAGAUGGUUUUGUUCAUACAGGACAGUCUAACUGCAUGUUUCCAACCCUGGCCUUUACUAACUGCUGUUCUCCAUUACAACAGGCUCCCAGUAGCCUCCUGGAAGCUCUGGAGCAGCACCUGGCCUCACUAGAGGGGAAGAAGGUCAAAGACUCCACCGCUGCCAGCAGGUAUGUACAGGAUAUGCUACGUCUCAAAUGGCACCCUACAUAGUGCACUACAUUUGAACAGAUCCUGGUCAAAAGUAGUGCAUAGGCAAAAGGGUGCCAUUUGGGACGUAUCCUACGUCUCACAAUGGAGUGUCUUUGGCACGGAGUCCACUAUUCCACCUGAAGGUAGCCUAGAAGCGGCUGCCACUAUAAUAACUGGUUUGCUUUGUGCACAAAGCUCUUAAGCCAAGAUUGCUUUAAUUAUUAUUGAUGGUAAUGGUUAUUGAUGUUUUCAGCGAGGGUUGCUGUAGUAUUCUGCCUAAAGGUGUUUACUGUUGUGUGUUGUUUCAGGGCCAGUACUCUAUCCAACGCAGUGUCCUCGCUGGCCAGUACGGGGAUGUCUUUUACUAAAGUAGACGAGCGGGAGAAGCAGGCUGCUCUGGAGGAGGAACAGGCUCGUCUCAAAGCACUGAAGGUACAGCCGUCAUGACGCGUGGAUCACAACAUGAAUAUGAUGAGAAUGGAUAGAAUGGACAUGGUUUCAUGUUGCCUGUCCCAUCUACAUGUGAAGGACAGUGAUAUGUUGCAGUAUGCAGGCAAUGAUUUGAACAAUUCAAAGUCUUGUUUGGUCGAUCCAGUAUUGCCCACAUGCAUAACUACAACCAUCGCCUUCUGUAUUUGACUUGGACUCUUUCCACCCAGGAACAGAGGCUGAAGGAGCUCUCUCAGAGGCCUUCAGUCGCCACCGCAGACACGUCUCCUGUCUCCACCACCGGGGGCACUAUCAGCACAGCCCCAGCCAUCGACCUCUUCUCCACACCUAGCUGCUCCAAUGGGUAAACGUUCACCUAUGACCUGUGAAGCUUACCCACUCAUGUGGUUGACCAGAGAGGUCAGCGUGGAUUAUGUAGAAGUUGCUGCUAACCACUGAUACAGGGUCAGAUAUUUCUUCAUCCUCCUAGGGGUUAAGGUUAGGAUUUAGAGUGCUCUGAUUCUAAACUCAGCAAAAAAAGAAACGUCCCUUUUUCAGGACCCUGUCUUUCAAAGAUAAUUCGUAAAAAUCCAAAUAACUUCACAGAUCUUCAUUGUAAAGGGUUUAAACACUGUUUCCCAUGCUUGUUCAAUGAACCAUAAACAAUUAAAGAACAUGCAACUGUGGAACGGUCGUUAAGACACUAACAGCUUACAGACGGUAGGCAAUUAAGGUCACAGUUAUGAAAACUUAGGACACUAAAGAGGCCUUUCUACUGACUCUGAAAAACACAUCACCGGCAACAACGUUGCCUAUGGGCACAAACCCACCGUCGCUGGAACAGACAGGACUGGCAAAAAGUGUUCUUCACUGACGAGUCACUGACGAGUCACAUCUCACAGCAAGAACUGGCAAAUCUGGUGCAGUCCAUGAGGAGGAGAUGCACUGCAGUACUUAAUGCAGCUGGUGGCCACACCAGAUACUGACUGUUACUUUUGAUUUUGACCCCCCCCCCCCUUUGUUCAGGGACACAUUAUUCCAUCUCUGUUAGUCACAUGUCUGUGGAACUUGUUCAGUUUAUGUUUCAGUUGUUGAAUCUUGUUAUGUUCAUACAAAUAUUUACACAUGUUAAGUUUACUGAAAAUAAACGCAGUUGACAGUGAGAGGACGUUUCUUUUUAGAUAUGUGGUUAUGGAGAACCUCUACCUCUAUACUUCUGUGUAUCUGGUAAUGCUGAUGUUUAGCUAGAUGUCCCAGUGUUGAUUCAGGUAUAGCAUCACUGCUGUCUUCUCUCCUCAGUGCUCUGAAGAUGGAGAGUGACUUGUUUGACAUUCAGCAGACCUUUAACCCUUCAAUGCAGGCCAGUUCUACAGGGCUUCCUGUGGCCACAGUAUGGGCAGGUAGGAGAAACAGCCACCACCACAGGACCACUCUAUUGUCUACUGUUUUCUACUAUGUUCUGCGUGCUCUCCCUCUCUUCCUGUUGCGUCUGACUCUGAUGUCCUCCUGUUCUUCUCUUCUGUAUCUCAUCUUUCUUUCUCUCUUCUGCCUGCCUAGAUCCUUUCACCUCUGCUGAAGCUGGAGAUGACUCCAUGCCAAACCUUAACCCUUUCCUCUCAAAAGUUGUCGAUGCAGCGGCUCACUUACCGGUCGGCUCCUCUGACGGUGUUAGCUAUUCCUCUAGGACUCAUGAAAUGUUUAGUGGUAAAGAUACUCUUUGUUCCUUCUGAAAUAUCCUUCCUGUGUCUCUGUGGGACAUUGAAGGAAGUCUCCCAUAAGUCCUACUGUUACUUCUGUCUACAUGUACAGUGAAUUCGGAAAGUAUUCAGACCCCUUGACUUUCUCCACAUUUUGUUAUGUUACAGCCUUAUUGUAAAAUUGAUGAAAGUGUUUUUUCCCCCUAAUCAUUCUACACACAAUACCCAAUAAUGACAAAGCAAAAAUAGGUUUUUAUAAUUUUUUGCAAAUGUAUAUACAAUAAAAAAAUAUAUAUAUAUUUACAUAAGUAUUCAGACCCUUUACUCAGUACUUUGUUGAAGCACCUUUGGCAGCGAUUCCAGCCUUGAGUCUUCUUGGGUGUGACGCUACAAGCUUGGCACACCUGUAUUUGGGGAGUUUCUCCCAUUCUUCUCUGCAGAUCCUCUCAAGCUCUGUCAGGUUGGAUGAGGAGCGACGCUGCACAGCUAUUUUCAGGUCUAUCCAGAGAUGUUAGAUCGAGUUCAAAUCCAGGCUCUGGCUGGGCCACUCAAAGACAUCCAGAGACUUGUCCCGAAGCCACUCCUGCGUUGUCUUGGCUUUGUGCUUAGGGUCAUUUUCUGUUGGAAGGUGAACCUUCGCCCCAGUCUGAGGUCCUGAGCACUCUGGAGCAGGUUUUCAUCAAGGAUCUCUCUGUACUUUGCUCCGUUCAUCUUUCCCUCGAUUCUGACUAGUCUCGCAGUCCCUGCCACUGAAAAACAUCCCCACAGCAUGAUGCUCUCACCACCAUGCUUCACCGUAGGGAUGGUGCCAGGUUUCCUCCAGACGUGACGCUUGGCAUUCAGGCCAAAGAGUUCAAUCUUGGUUUCAUCAGUCCAGAGAAUCUUGUUUCUCGUGGUCUGAGAGUCCUUUAGGUGCCUUUUGGCAAACUCCAAGCGGGCUGUCAUGUGCCUUUUACUGAGGAGUGGCUUCCGUCUGGCCACUCUACCAUAACGGCCUGAUUGGUGGAGUGCUGCAGAGAUGGUUGUCCUUCUGGAAGGUUCUCCCAUCUCCACAGAGGAACACUGGAGCUCUGUCAGAGUGACCAUCGGGUUCUUGGUCACCUCCCUGACCAAGGCCCUACUCCCCUGAUUGCUCAGUUUGGCCGGGUGGCCAGCUCUAGGAAGAGUCUUGGUGGUUCCAAACUUCUUCCAUUUAAGAAUUAUGGAGGCCACUGUGUUCCUGGGGACCUUCAAUGCUGCAGAAAUGUUUUGGUACCCUUCCCCAGAUCUGUGCCUCGACACAAUCCUGUCUCUGAGCUCUACGGACAAUUCCUUCGACCUCAUGGCUUGGUUUCUGCUCUGACAUGCAUUGUCAACUGUGGGACCUUAUAUAGACAGGUGUGUGCCUUUCCAAAUCAUGUCCAAUCAAUUGAAUUUACCACAGGUGGACUCCAAUCAAGUUGCAGAAACAUCUCAAGGAUGAUCAAUGGAAACAGGAUGCACCUGAGCUCAAUUUCGAGUCUCAUAGCAAAGGGUCUGAAUACUUAUGUAAAUACGUUUUUUAUUUAUUUCUAAAACCUGUUUUUAUGGGGUAUUGUGUAUAUAGUUUGAGGAUUUUUAUUUAUUUAAUCAAUUUUAGAAUAAGUCUGUAACAUAACAAAAUGUGGAAAAAGUCAGGGGUCUGAAUAUUUUUUGAAUGCACUGUAAAUGAUCUCAUAGCUGUCUAAAGUUAAAUGUUUGUUGUGUACCUCAAAAUGCAAAGCCUCCACUUGCCAUGUUUCUAUGAUAGCUUCCAUUAUUGAACUGUGCUAAGGAUAGAACCACAAGCUAACACUGUGAAGGUAGAGUUACUGGUUAUGUUCUUUUGAUGGGCUCCCAUGCCAGUUCAGUCUAAUAUGAGGCUUUAUCCAUUGAGGUCUCACAUUUUGGAGUCUAGUAAACCCAUGUCCAAGAUUAUUCUGACUAAGUUGGUUAUGUUAAAAUGAUGGUUUUCCUGCUGCUGAUAUAUAUUUUUUCAUAAUGUUUUCAAAUAGGCUAUUGCUUCUAGAUUCUGAUAUUACAAACCAAUAAUUUGAUUAUUUGCUCUUGUAGUAUCCUUUUAGAGCUAUAAGUUGAAAUCUGUUUCCCUUACCAAUAUUAUUUUUGAUUCUCUAGAUCGUUAUAAUCCCUUUACUGACACAAACUCGUCCGUUUCAAGCUAUUACAAACGCACAGUGCGGAUAGAACACUCCAUAUCAGGUACUACGAUGGCUCACCAUCCCAGCCUAUGUUUCCUGACCCAUAGGCAAACAUAGGCCCCUCAACCAAUGUAAUGUGUUUAGUGGCCCCAUAAUAAACCCUAUGGUUAGUGUAGUCUGGCGAUUUAGAUUACUUUAGUGUCAAUAGGAUAUUUUUAUCUCCUUGUACUCUGCAGUUCCUGUUUUGAUUUUGUUAGAAUUAGUUUUACUUGUUACCUGUUAGUGUCCCUAACUAAGUGUUUUCUGUUAACUGUCUGCUUUCUGUCUGUACUGUCACUUUGCCUUGCCUGCCUUUCUUGCCGUGCCUUAAAAUGCCUUCCUUUGCUCUCUCUUCUUCUUCUUCCUGCUCCUCCUUUGGCGUUGUCAGACUCCUUCUGUGGUGGUCCAGUGUCCAUGGCCCAGCACCUUCCACACCAGGCCCCCUACCCCACUGAGCCCUCUGCUGUAGAAGGUCUAUUCAGAGGUAGAGUACUAGAGAACCUGUAGCUCUACUUUCCCCCUUCUGAUAACCAGGUGGCGAAUCGCAUCUCUGCAUGUCUGGCAGACAUAUCAGUAUGGAUGACGGAUCACCACCUCAAGCUGAACCUCGGCAAGACGGAGCUGCUCUUCCUCCCGGGGAAGGACUGCCCGUUCCAUGAUCUCGCCAUCACGGUUGACAACUCCGUUGUGUCCUCCUCCCAGAUUGCGAAGAGCCUUGGCGUGACCCUGGACAACACCCUGUCGUUCUCCGCUAACAUCAAGGCGGUGACCCGAUCCUGUAGGUUCAUGCUCUACAACAUUCGGAGAGUACGACCCUGCCUUACACAGGAAGCGGCACAGGUCCUAAUCCAGGCACUUGUCAUCUCCCGUCUGGAUUACUGCAACUCGCUGUUGGCUGGGCUCCCUGCCUGUGCCAUUAAACCCCUACAACUCAUCCAGAAUGCUGCAGCCCGUCUGGUGUUCAACCUUCCCAAGUUCUCUCACGUCACCCCGCUCCUCCGCACACUCCACUGGCUUCCAGUUGAAGCUCGCAUCUGCUACAAGACCAUGGUGCUUGCCUACGGAGCUGUGAGGGGAACGGCACCUCCGUACCUUCAGGCUCUGAUCAGUCCCUACACCCAAACGAGGGCACUGCGUUCAUCCACCUCUGGCCUGCUGGCUCCCCUACCUCUGCGGAAGCAUAGUUCCCGCUCAGCCCAGUCAAAACUGUUCGCUGCUCUGGCACCCCAAUGGUGGAACAAGCUCCCUCACGACGCCAGGACAGCGGAGUCACUCACCACCUUCCGGAGACAUUUGAAACCCCACCUCUUUAAGGAAUACCUGGGAUAGGAUAAAGUAAUCCUUCUAACCCCCCCCCCCCCCCCCCCCAAAAAAAAAUAAUAUAUAUAUAUAUAUAUAUAUAUAAACAUUGUAAAGUGGUUAUCCCACUGGCUAUAAGGUGAAUGCACCUAUUUGUAAGUCGCUCUGGAUAAGAGCGUCUGCUAAAUGACGUAAAUGUAAAUGUACUGUAGCAGGUCUAUUCAGAGGUAGAGUACUAGAGAACCUGUAGCUCUACUGUAGCAGGUCUAUUCAGAGGUAGAGUACUAGAGAACCUGUAGCUCUACUGUAGCAGGUCUAUUCAGAGGUAGCGUAGUUCUACUAGCCAUUUAGAAGGAGCCCACCAUUUUCUGUAAGGUGGCUUUCUGUAACUAUUUAGCAGCUCUGACACCAAUGGUAUAAUACUUCUCCAUCGCUGAACCUGCUGUGUUCUGAGCAGCCUCCCCUCUGACCUCUUUACAGGGUACUCCACAGCAACACAGGCCCCUCCCCCAGGAGCACUCCAAGUGGACUUCGAGUCAGUCUUUGGAGCCAAAGCUACCGGCGCUAACAUGGAAUCUGAUGGUGAGGGGUUGAAUAUUAUACUGUUUGAUACACAUGGUGUUUCACAUCCAACCAAUGUACACCUCUCUGUCCUCCUUAGACAUCCUGAAACCCACCAUGGUCGGCUCCAAUCAGGCGCUGUGCUCCAUCAAUCUGCUGUCAGACAAACUGGUGGGAGAUGACCUGGACUCCUCCCUGGCCAACCUGGUGGGCAGUAAGUGUCACAACGUCAUGCUAGGAUAUUUCAUUCAGAUUAAACUCCUCAAACAGAAAACUAAGGAUUUAAAAGAGAUCAAUACCCAUCUUUGCCUGAGUGAAUCAUGGUGUCUAUUUAUAUUUUGACUCCUAGGUUAGACCGCAAUAUGUCACACAGCUAUACAGUGGCUUGCGAAAGUAUUCACCCCCCUUGGCAUUUUUCCUAUUUUGUUGCCUUACAACCUAGAAUGAAAAUUGAUUUUUGGGGGGUUUGUAUCAUUUGAUUUACACAAAAUGCCUACCACUUUGAAGAUGCAAAAUACUUUUUUGGGUGAAACAAACAAGAAAUAAGACAGAACUUGAGCGUGCAUAACUAUUCACCCCCCCAAAGUCAAUACUUUGUAGAGCCACCUUUUGCAGCAAUUACAGCUGCAAGUCUCUUGGGGUAUGUCUCUAUAAGCUUGGCACAUCUAGCCACUGGGAUUGUUGCCCAUUCUUCAAGGCAAAACUGCUCCAGCUCCUUCAAGUUGGAUGGGUUCUGCUGGUGUACAGCAAUCUUUAAGUAAUAACACAGAUUCUCAAUUGGAUUGAGGUCUGGGCUUUGACUAGGCCAUUCCAAGACAUUUAAAUGUUUCCCCUUAAACCACUCAAGUGUUGCUUUAGCAGUAUGCUUAGGAUCAUUGUCCUGCUGGAAGGUGAACCUCCGUCCCAGUCUCAAAUCUCUGGAAGACUGAAACAGGUUUCCCUCAAGCAUUUCCCUGUAUUUAGCGCCAUCCAUCAUUCCUUAAAUUCUGACCAGUUUCCCAGUCUCUGCCGAUGAAAAACAACCCCACAGGAUGGUGUUCUCGGGGUGAUGAGAGGUGUUGGGUUUGCGCCAGACAUAGCGUUUUCCUUGAUGGCUAAAAAGCUCAAUUUUAGUCUCAUCUGACCAGAGUACCUUCUUCCAUAUGUUUGGGGAGUCUCCCACAUGGCUUUUGGCAAACACCAAACGUUUUUGCUUAUUUAUUUCUUUAAGCAAUGGCUUUUUUCUGGCCACUCUUCCGUAAAGCCCAGCUCUGUGGAGUGUACGGCUUAAAAUGGUCCUAUGGACAGAUACUCCAAUCUCCGCUGUGGAGCUUUGCAGCUCCUUCAGGGUUAUCUUUGGUCUCUUUGUUGCCUCUCUGAUUAAUGCCCUCCUUGCCUGAUCCGUGAGUUUUGGUGGGCGGCGCUCUCUUGGCAGGUUUGUUGUGUUGCCAUAUUCUUUACAUUUUUUAAUAAUGGAUUUAAUGGUGCUCCGUGGGAUGUUCAAAGUUUCUGACAUGUUUUUAUAACCCAACCCUGAUCUGUACUUCUCCACAACUUUGUCCCUGACCUGUUUGGAGAGCUCCUUGGUCUUCAUGGUGCCGCUUGCUUGGUGGUGCCCCUAGCUUAGUGGUGUUGCAGACUCUGGGGCCUUUCAGAACAGAUGUAUAUAUACUGGGAUCAUGUGACAGAUCAUGUGACACUUAGAUUGCACACAGGUGGACUUUAUUUAACUAAUUAUGUGACUUCUGAAGGUAAUUGGUUGCACCAGAUCUUAUUUAGGGGCUUCAUAGCAAAGGGGGUGAAUACAUAUGCACGCACCACUUUUCCGUUAGUUAUUUUUUUGAAUGUUUUGAAAUUGAAAUUACAGGUUGUAAUGAAAUUGAAAUUACAGGUUGUAAUGAAACAAAAUAGGAAAAAAGUCAAGUGGGAUGAAUACUUUUGCAAGGCACUGUAGCAGUAUAAUUGUUUCUGGAUGUGUACAUCUCACAUUUAUAUUACUAUCCUCUUGCAGAUCUUGGGAUUGGAAAUGGCACAACGAAAAAGUAAGUGAGCUGUUCAUGCUGUUCAGUCUCAUCAACGUGCUGUGGUCACAAUGCUAGAUGAAGAACUGUUCUGUAUAGCCAGCAGCAGUUAGGAGCCAGUGCUAAUAUUAGCUGUCUUAAUCUACAGUGACAUCCACUGGAGCCAGCCUGGGGAGAAGAGGCUGACUGGCGGAAGCAACUGGCAGCCCAAAGCAGCUCCAAACACCACCUGGAACCCCGUCUCCAUGGUAAUACACGCUACAUUGGCCUCGUACAGUACUGGUGCUCUUAUCUGCCUGUGACGAGUGUUUAGCUACUGUAUCACUCUAGUGUUGGUUUCAGACAAACAAUGUUAAGAAGUUGUUGACUUGACUUGACAUUGGUCUGCUGGAUUCUCUGUGGGAGAAGAUGUUGUCGUCAUUCGUGUGUUUGUAUCUCCACAGACCCCCCCGGUCAUGGCCUACCCUGCAACAACACCCACAGGCAUGAUGGGGGGAUAUGGCAUGGUCAGUAUCUGUCAGCUGGAU